AUGGUGUCGCUCUGGCUGCCGCUCAGCGCGCUGCUCGCUGCCACCGCCCUCGCCGCGACGUACCCGUCGUACACGAUCCCGGCCUUUGACUUGGCGGCGCCCGACGGCCUCCUCCGGGCCCUCGCAGCCCAUGGCAUUGCCAACAUUAAGAACAUCCCUCGCUUUGCCGAGACGCGCGCCGCCUACAUGAAGGCGGCUGCGGUCUGCGUCGCGACCCACGACGCCUUUCCCGGCCUCCAGCAGCGCACGUUUGCUGACGCCACGCGCCGCUUGACGCUGAGCAGCCGGUCGUCGCACGGCUUGAGCGACGCGAUUGCGACGCAGUGCCCGGACCUCGAUCUGGCCCACGACGCGUACACGUCACUGCUUGACACCGUCACGACGUCUCUUGCAACCUUGCUACACGUGCCAAACGCGACGAGCCUCGCGGACGUUGUCGCCAACGGCGCGCACCUCGACCACUUCCACGGCUACACUCGACUCGAAGCGACCGACACAUCGCGCGACGACCUGACGCUGCAGAUGCACACGGACAAUGGUCUCUUCCUCCUCACGUCAGCGCCGCUCUUCUUCAACGACCACGGUGACGCUGUGGCGCCGCCAGUCCCGGCCGCGGGAUUGAUCAUCGAGGUGAACGCGACGCGCGUGCACCCGACGCUCAAGGAAGACGAGCUCACGAUCAUGGUCGGCGACGGCGUGACGCAGUGGGGCGGGUUUGGCCACACCUUCCCGAGCGUGCUUCACGGGAUGGUCAUGCCGACGGCGCCUGGUGUCCUUCGCGCCUUCUCGGGUCGCAUGCUGCUCCUGCCGGCGUCGCAUGUCAUGACCAACACGGGCCUUUCGUUCGAACAGUACAACGAUCGCGUUGCGCGCCACUUGGUCGACCACGAUGCGAUGCCUAUCGGGUGCCCCGUCGGCCGCAAACUUGUCGCGAUGGACGCUGCGUGCACGUACGGCGUGUGGAAGGCGACGCCGGGCAGCCCGUCGCGCGUGACCGACGCCAACUGCACGCAGUGGUGCAACAACGACCACUACGCGAGCGACUGCGCCAAGAACAAGUGCAUGCGCAGCGCUACGACGCAAGGUGUCAACUGCUGGAUGGUGUGCUCCAAGGUGCUCUCGACCUGCGCCACAUCGUCCCAGAUCUGCGCCGGCCAAACCCUCCGUUGCAAGUAA